AUGAAGUGCUCAAUCGUUUCUCUCAGCCUCAUGGCUAUUUCCACUUUAGCAGCACCUACCAUGACCAGCUUUAACCAUGUCAGUCUUCCCAAGCGUGCUGCUCUGCUCGAAGAUGUUGCGUCGACUGGUUAUGCUACUCUAAAUGGUGGUACCAAGGGUGGCAAGGGUGGCAAGACCAUUGAGGUUGCUUCACUCAGCGAAUUAGCUACAGCGGUCAAGGGAGAUGCUGCUACUAUUGUCCUCGUUACUGGCCCAAUCCUGGGGAAUGGUGAGAACGUAAAGAUUGGAUCAAACAAGAGUGUUAUUGGCAAGGAUUCCUCAGUCAUUCUCACCGGAUUCACCCUCACAGUCAAGAACGUCAAAAACGUUAUCAUUCGCAACCUGGCUAUCACCAAAGUCGUUGGCGGCGACGCCAUCGCUAUUCAGGUUGCUCAAAAUGUCUGGAUCGACCACGUCAAUCUCUCCUCCGACCGCGAUCACGACAAGGAUCACUACGAUGGCCUUCUCGAUAUCACCCACGCCGGAGACUACGUAACAGUUUCCAACACCGUGUUCCAUGACCACUGGAAGUGCUCGCUUGUCGGCCACUCCGACAACAACGGCUCCGAGGAUAAGGGCCAUCUGCGUGUCACGUACCACAACAACUACUGGUACAAUAUCAACUCCCGUGGCCCGUCUUUCCGCUUUGGCACAGGCCAUCUAUACAACAACUACUACGAAAACGUGUCUGAUGGUGUUAAUACCCGCCAGGGCGCUCAGCUCCUUGUCCAGAACAAUGUUUUCUCUGGGUCGAAGAAGCCGCUGUACUCUACCGACUCGGGUUACGCCGUUGCGUCUGGCAAUGAUCUUGGUGGCGGCCAGAAUACGGCGUCUGUAGGUACGCUUACAAAGGUACCGUAUGAUGUUUCGGGGCUCCUUGCUGCUUCAGCGGUUAAGGCGACAGUUGUUCGUACGGCUGGUGCUACGCUCGUCUUCUAA